GUCACAAUGAACAGCUGUCCCGCCGUGAACGUUUUAGCUUUAUUGGACUUUAUUUAUUGCUCACAAUCAUUAGCAUUAACAAUGUUGGUUGUUGUAGAUGGUUAGAUCAGGUCGACACACAGCGGAAGAGUCAGCGAGUUAAAUGUGAAAAGUGACAGCAGCAGCAGCAAGCAGUCGCAUUCUAAACCAGCAACCGGGCAGCAGAUCGCCCAGCGAGUGGAUGCUACGACGCACAGCCUGGCUGAGACGCAUCUAUUGUACCGCCACCGCCGCCGCCGCAUACGGAAACCGUGCGGAACGCGCCCCAUCCAGCGCCGUCAUGAGUAAAUUCUGCUGCACUGCCACCACCACCACGACGAUCGUAACACCCGUUCCGCGCCACAACAGUGUACUGACCCUAAACGGGGGCAAGAGCAUGGCCACCGGGCGUACUCCCUCCGAGGUGCUGUCGCCGCCGAUCCACCUCGCGGUCACACCGGAGACACUGGCGCGCAUCGAGCAGCGCCAGCAGACGGCCUUUGACUUCUUCGACGAGACACUGCAGCUGUACGGCGUGGAGCAGCUGAUAUUCUGCUUCAACGGCGGCAAGGACUGCACCGUGCUGCUGGAUCUGCUGAUGCGCUAUUGCCGCCAGCAGGGCAUCAGCAGCCGCGACAUACCCAUGCUGUAUAUCAAGUCGGACGAUGCCUUUGCGGAGAUCGACGAGUUUGUGGCGCGCUGCGUGCAGCACUACGACGUCCAACUGAUCGAGUACGAGGAGUCGCUGAAGGAGGCUCUCACCCACAUGUCGGCGGAUAUGCCCCGCAUCAAGGCCGUAUUUGUGGGCAGCCGCAACACGGAUCCCUACUGCGAGCACCUGGCACCCAUGCAGCCCACGGACAAUGGUUGGCCGCCGAUGAUGCGACUGAAUCCGCUGCUGGAGUGGUCCUACCAUGACGUCUGGCACUACAUUCACAUGAACAGCGUGGCAUACUGCCCGCUGUAUGAUCGGGGCUAUACCUCCAUUGGCUACAGGUCCAAUACGGUGCCCAAUCCGCAUUUGAAACGCCUCGACUCCAGCGACUUUCGUCCUGCCUGGGAGCUGGCGGAUCCCACGCUGGAGCGGGCAGGGCGCGUGGCGCGCAAGCAGUAGGGACUUUCUGCCUGUCUACUCUUUAAAAUUAGUUAGUCACAAACUGUACAUAUACAUAUAUUUGGGUGUUUUGGAUGCAUCGGACCUAUUGACGAUCUACAAAUAUAAAUUAAUUUUUUUUGUAUACCACUCAAA